AUGGAAAGUAUAAGUCUAUUCCGAAAGUUAGUUAAAGGUUUCUUCCCUCGAAUUGAAAUCUUACAUUUUAUCAAAUACGAACUUGAUAAAAGAUAUGAUGUGUUGAAGAGAAUGGAAGAAGAGAAUGUAAAUUCAUACAUAAAAUUUAGAAUAACAUUUUGCCAUUGCUGGUUAGAAUAUGAAUAGGAUUAAUUGAAAUAAAGAAAACAGGAGUUGAUAAGAUAGUAUUAUGCUACUCAAAAAAUUCAUUCGUAAAAUGUUACUACUGUAGAAAAGGAUGCAGACCUAGAAUCAUUUAUUAGGGGAAAUAUGAAAAAAUGA